UAGGGAACUGAUGGUCUUCAAAGCCGUGGGUUUGGAUGGGGUGUCGUAGUUGUUCGGUCCGUGGGGACGGAGAUGAGUGUGUGGUCCGUCUCUACCUUCAGCCUCCAGGGAGACCUCAUCUAGAGAACCUCCGGACAAGUCCUCCAGAACCUCCAGCAGCAUCUAGAGAACCCCCAGAAGAAGUCCUCUAGCUGAAGGUGUCGGACUGCGGCAGAAGAAAUGCAGCGGCUGGACAUGGAUGAAGACGGGAUCCGAAACCUCAUGGUUCCUCAAGGGGGGUUGAAGGAACGGUGCUGGCCCUACAGGUGUCUGACUGCUGGGCUGCUGCUGCUGUGUGCCUUGUCCCUGGCUGGAAACGUAACUCAGUUUUACUUUGGAGGUGGUGUGGGCCAGAGGCUUCACCACGCCUUCACCAAGCAGGAGGAGCAACUACAGGAGAGAUACAGGACCCUGACGAGGAACAGCACGGGUCUGCACGAUAGAUACCAGACUCUGGCUGCCGAGGGAGCCAGUCUUCAACUAAGUUACCACGCUUUGACCCAAGAGAGAGACCAGCUACAGGGCCAGGCUAGCGCCCUUUCCACCGAGAGAGACCAGCUACAGGGCCAGGCAAGCAGCCUUACCAAAGAGAGAGACCAGCUACAGGGCCAAGCUAGCACCCUUACUAACGAGAGAGACCAGCUACAGGGCCAGGCUAGAACCCUUAAAAAAGAGAGAGACCAGCUACAGGGCUGGUAUAGCACCCUUGAUAAAGAGAGAGACCAGCUACAGGGCCAGGCUAGCACCCUUACUAAAGAGAGAGACCAGCUGCAGGGCCAGUUAAGUACCCUUACCAAAGAGAGAGACCAGCUACUGGGCCGGCUUAGCACCACUACUAAAGAGAGAGACCAGCUAAAGGGACAGGCUAGCACCCUUACCAAAGAGAGAGACCAGCAACAGGGCCAGUUUACCAACCUUACUAAAGAGAGAGACCAGCUACAGGGCCAGGCUAGCACCCUUACUAAAGAGGGAGACCAGCUGCAGGGCCAGUUUAGUACCCUUACCAAAGAGAGAGACCAGCUACUGGGCCGGCUUAGCACCACUACUAAAGAGAGAGACCAGCUACAGGGCCAGGCUAGCACCCUUACUAAAGAGGUAGACCAGCUGCAGGGCCAGUUUAGUACCCUUACCAAAGAGAGAGACCAGCUACUGGGCCGGCUUAGCACCACUACUAAAGAGAGAGACCAGCUAAAGGGACAGGCUAGCACCCUUACCAAAGAGAGAGACCAGCAACAGGCCAGUUUACCAAUUACUAAAGAGAGAGAUCAGCUACAGGGCCAGGCUAGCACCCUUAGCAAAGAGAGAGACCAGCUACAGGGCCGGUUUAGCACCCUUACCAAAGAGAGAGACCAGCUGCAGGGCCAGGCUAGCACCCUUACCAAAGAGAGAGACCAGCUACAGGGCCAGUUUAGCACCCUUACUAAAGAGAAAGACCAGCUACAGGGGCGGUUUAGCACCCUUACUAAAGAGAGAGACCAGCUACAGGGCAGUUUCAGCACCCUAAGCAAAGAGAGAGACCAGUUAAAGCGCCAGGCUAGCACCCUUACCAAAGAGAGAGACCAUCUACAGGACUCAAGUUCCAAACUCAUGAAGGAGGCCAAAGCCCUGAAUGAUACAGUUGAAUCCCGGAAGUGUCCUCCGGGAUGGAUUAAGUUCCAGUGCAGUUGUUACAGAGUCCAUCCUACUAGGAGGACCUGGGAGGACGGUCGCAAGUACUGCCAGAGCCAACAGGCUGACCUGGUGAUCAUCAACAGCAGAGAGGAGCAGAUAUUUCUCAAUACUUUACUCCAGAAAGGGGCGCAUAGAUGGAUAGGUUUGAGUGACAUCGGGACCGAAGGGGUUUGGACCUGGGUGGACGGAACCACCCCAACCACAAUGUAUUGGGGGAAUGGCCAGCCUGACAUCGAAGGUGGCGAUCAGGACUGUGUCUAUUACUUCCAAAGCGAAACAGUUGGAUGGCCUAACGGAGGAUGGAAAGACGACCGAUGUGAAAAGUCAGGUGGCUCCAUUUGUGAGAAGUAGAGAGUAAAUGUGUUUGGUAUGGGGAUGGGUGUGUCCAUCACGAGCGGAUGUUAGCAUGUUGCUCGGGGAAUGUCCGGAUGUACCUUGUGUCUUGUUUUGUAAACCGGGAAUGGGUUAACCUAGCAAAUUGUUAGUGCUUUGCACUUGCUACAUCCUAACUGUACUGACAACGAUAUAUUGUUGUUUCUCUUUCUCCUGUCAAAUGUACUUGUUCCAAGUUGAUUUGGGUAAUAGCCUUUGAUAAAUGCCCUAAAUGUAAAUGUACAGAUUUUUGGCUCUGUCUAGUGAUGUCUGGAUGUCUCUAGUUAUGUCUGGAAGUGUCUAGUAAGUUCCGGACGUAUCUAGUGAUGUCUGGAGGUGUCUGGAUGUGAUCUGUGAUUUAUCCGAUCAAAUGUUGAGGUGACUGUACUGGUGUACUAUACUGUCACUCGCCUGCCUCUUCUGCUUGCUUGUGUUCUGUGAUUGUACUGUUCAUUACCUGGGGCAUAUCUGUAGAAUGUGCCAUCUGUGAAAUGUGUAUGCAAUGAUUUGGAUGAUUACACAUUAGGAAUAAAAAACAAGUUGUUUCAUCAUUACAAUAAAGCAUUCAUUAUUCAA